CCUGCGCGCCCGCUCCCUCCCCCUCCCCCCGCCGCCGCUGCCGCCGCCGCCGCUGCCUCCGAGGGGGGCCCAGGCCCAGCCGCCGAGCUCCGCCGCCGCCGCCGUCGCCGCCGCCGCCGAGCACCAUGGGAGACGCCGGGAGCGAGCGCAGCAAAGCGCCCAGCCUGCCGCCUCGCUGUCCCUGCGGCUUCUGGGGGUCCAGCAAGACUAUGAAUCUCUGUUCCAAAUGCUUUGCUGAUUUUCAAAAGAAACAACCAGAUGAUGAUUCCACCCCAAGUACGAGUAACAGCCAAUCAGAUUUGUUUCCCGAAGAGACCACCAGUGACAACAACGAUACCUCCGUAACCACGCCAACUCUUAGUCCCAGCCAGCCGUCGCUCCCGACAGAACUGAAUGUAACUUCACCGAGUAAAGAGGAAUGUGGGCCAUGCACAGACACAGCUCAUGUCUCAUUAAUCACACCAACCAAAAGAUCCUGUGCAGAUUUACAGUCUGAGAGCGAGGCCUCACCCGUGAAACGACCGCGACUAGUAGAGAACACCGAGCGGCCUGAGGAGAGCAGCCGGUCGAAGCAGAAGAGCCGGCGCCGGUGCUUUCAGUGCCAGACCAAGCUGGAGCUGGUGCAGCAGGAACUGGGAUCCUGUCGCUGUGGCUACGUGUUCUGCAUGUUACAUCGCCUCCCAGAGCAACACGACUGUACGUUCGACCACAUGGGCCGCGGCCGAGAGGAAGCCAUCAUGAAAAUGGUGAAACUGGACCGGAAAGUGGGGCGCUCCUGCCAGCGCAUCGGGGAGGGGUGCUCCUGAAGGCCAGGCACGGCCACCACACGACGCUGUUCUUAGUUCACUAAUGUUAGCCUUAUUUAGGACAAAGUCAGCCAGACACCUUGUACUGGGCACGCGUCAGACUACAGCCGGCCGUUCCCUUCUUUAGCCAGCCAUCCUGGGACUGUAGUUUAGGGGUUGAUGGUGGAUGAAAUUGAUUUCUGGCUGGUUACUAAGGUGCCUGCUAGCCAUUGUAUAAAAUUAAAACAUGAAGAAUA